AUGUCGACCGCCGCCAGAAAUUCGGAUAAACAGGACAAUUGCGCUGCCUGCAAUAAUCCGGAUACCGAUAACAACUAUGUUCAGUGCGACGCGUGUAAUUCUUGGUGGCACUUCUCGUGCGUUAAUGUGUCUGACUCCGUCAGAGACCGAGCGUGGCUGUGCUCGAACUGUAUGGAAACAGCACCACAGAAUCCACCCGAACCGAGAUGCAGUUCUACGAGCAGUUCUGAUGCGGGUAUGCAGCGCAGUCUCGCUCAACUGAAAAAACGCCAGGAUCUCGAACGACAACGGAUGGAACAUGAGCUGCAAGUUAAGUUCCUGAACGAGCAAUUGGCGUUGUUGGACCCGACUAGGAGCCGAGAAUGCAACCGUGAAAGUGGAAGGCUAGUAGCCGAUUGGGUUAACGGUAAUCCGGAGCAAGAAGACGGCGCGGUGGGUGAUCACUCGAGCCCGCCAGCAGCCGCUCAGCCCGCGGAAGUAAAUAACGCCGAUCCAGUGGAAACGGUACGCAACCAGGGAAAGCAACUUCAAAGCUGCCAGUUGCAAUCGGUUUCUGCUAGUCAACGCAUGGAAUAUCCAACACGUCAGUUGCAGCAGUGCACAGACCAGCGCGGACGGGAUCAGUCCGAUUGGAGCAUCAGUCCGUUGCCGGUUCAGCGUCGGUACACCCUUCCGAACCCACCUAAUGAUGUUCAGUGUACAGGUGACCAACAGCACUCAAAUCUGGGUGCUUACAAGAAAACGUAUGCAAAUGAUACUAGCGGCGCAGGUAAGAGUAAUGUGCAUGAAAGUGGUUUGUCCAAUAAAAUGUACGGUGGUAAUGUCCCUCAUAAGCCCUCUAUGAUUUCUCACGAUACGAUUCCCAUUCAUAAUAUCAGACAACAGUCAGUCUCUCGCGAUUUUGAGCAAAUUCCUCUCGAUACUCAUCGCCAGCAAUGCAUCCCCUCAACCUACUAUGAUCAGCAGCGUGAUCCUUCAGCACGCUGUGCAAAUCCCAAUGUACAGUCAGCACCGUGUGAAGAGUGGUACCAGCCACAGCAACGACGACGAUGGAAUGCAGACCAGAACGGCCCGUCCCCGCAGCAGCUCGCGGCACGUCAGUCGUUGGCACGUGACCUUCCCCAGUUUUCAGGUGAUCCUGCCGACUGGCCUAUUUUCAUCUCGAACUACGAGUAUACGACGACAUCAUGCGGGUACACGAAUGGGGAGAACAUGCUCCGGCUACAACGGUGCCUCAAAGGACCUGCACUCGAAACAGUGCGUAGCCGAUUGGUGUUGCCUGCUGCGGUACCGCAAGUAAUUGAAGCACUCCGUAUGCGGUAUGGGCGCCCGGAACUGCUGAUUAACGCGUUGCUGGAAAAGGUGCGCAAACUUCCGGCUGUGAAGUCUGAAAGGCUGGAACAAUUGAUAGAAUAUGGUAUGGCAGUGCAAGCCCUUUGCAACCAUAUUGAAGCAGCCAACGAACAUGCACACCUUUCGAAUCCAAUGCUUCUUCAGGAGCUCGUCGAAAAGUUGCCGGCCGAUCAGAAGCUGAUGUGGGCCGGCUAUAAACGAAAGUUCGGCGUGGCGAACUUGAAAACAUUCAGCAAUUAUAUGGAAUCUAUUGUAACUGAUGCAUCUAGUGUAGUCCUGAUUGCGCCUGAGUCUAGUGGGAGCAAAGAUAAAUCGAGACCAAGAGGAUACGUUAAUUCUCACACUGGAAACAACGUUGAUGCUCGAGUGUUGCCAACAGGCAAGCAAAUCGAAUGCAUCUUCUGCCGGAAGAUAGGUCAUCGGUUACGAGAAUGUCCGGGAUUCAAGGAUUUAAAUGUUGACGACCGGUGGCGGAAGGUUCGGGCAUUGUCACUAUGUCAGAUCUGUCUCUUCAGUCACGGUAGGCGAUCGUGUAGAAGCAACAACCGUUGCAACAUUGAUGGCUGUCAGUAUCGCCAUCAUCCAUUAUUACAUUCAGUGAGGCGAACUGUGGAAGCAGCGACCCCAGCUCAACAGGCAGAAAGUCACACUCAUCAGUAUAUCGGAUCGAGCGUCCUGUUUAGGAUCGUGCCCGUUACGUUGCAUGGGCAGACUGGUGAAGUAAAUACCUAUGCCUUCCUGGAUGAAGGGUCAUCGCUGACUCUGAUAGAGAACGGAAUUGUAGAACAACUCGGAGUCAAUGGAGCCACCCAGCCACUUUGUUUACGGUGGACGGGUAAUACGUCGAGAAUCGAGGAAAAGUCGAAGAUUGUCUCCCUAACUGUCAGUGGAGCGGGUUCGCAGAAGCGCUUUAAGAUGUCGAACGUUCGCACCGUGUCGAAUCUAAACCUUCCCAGCCAGAGCUUCCAAAUGGAGGAAGCUGCCAAGCAAUUCGACCACUUGAAGCAGCUACCGAUACAGAGCUACCGAAACGCCGUGCCGAAGUUGCUGAUAGGACUUGAUAAUUUACAUCUAGCCGUUCCAUUGAAGUCGAGAGAAGGUACUGGAAACGGACCGAUAGCAGUGAAAACAAGACUCGGGUGGUGCGCGUAUGGAAAGCAACAACCCGGAGUAAACGAUGAGCGUAGUUUCCACAUUUGCGAAUGUACUACAAAUAAAGAACUACAUAAUGCAGUCAAGCAGUUUUACGAAAUCGAAGAAAUAGGAUCGGGGAAUGUCACUCUGCGAUCAAAGGAAGAGCAACGCGCACUGGAUUUGUUGGCGCAGACGACGGUUCGUGUCGGUGAAAAAUUUGAAACCGGCUUGUUAUGGAAGGAUCCCGACGUGGAGUUGCCGGAUAGCUAUACAAUGGCGCUUCGCAGGCUGGAAUGCCUGGAGAGAAAAAUGUUACGUGAUCCAAGUUUGAAAGCGAACGUUCUCCAACAGAUGCAAGACUUUGUGAAGAAGGGUUAUAUCCAUAAAGCUACAACCGACGAACUAAAGAAAGCUGAUCCUCGACGAAUUUGGUAUCUCCCCAUAGGUGUCGUUACUAAUCCGAAGAAGCCAGGGAAAAUACGCAUAGUUUGGGAUGCUGCAGCCAAGGCGAGUGGAGUUUCGCUGAACAGUGUGUUAAUGAAGGGGCCGGAUCAGCUGGUGCCGCUGUUGGGAGUACUAUUCCGCUUUCGGCAGUUCAAGGUCGCAGUGUGCUCCGAUGUGAAGGAAAUGUUUUUGCAGAUACGUAUGCGUGCUGCCGACAAGCAUGCGCAGCGAAUUCUUUGGCGUACGGAUACAGUGCAUGAUCCGGAAAUCUUCCUGGUCGAUGUUGCUACGUUUGGGUCAACGUGUUCGCCAGCAUCGGCUCAAUUUGUUAAGAACCAAAAUGCGCGAGAGCAUAGCGACCGGUUUCCCAGAGCAGCAGAUGGUAUACUCCAGAGUACGUAUGUAGACGAUUAUCUUGACAGCUUUGGGUCGGAGGAAGAAGCUUGUCGUAUUUCUGAGGAAGUUCGUCAGAUUUUCCGUAACGGUGGGUUUCAAUUGAGGAACUGGAUUUCAAAUAGUGAAAGCGUACUGCAGCACCUUGGUGAGACACAAGCUGCUGUCAGUAAAAGCUUAACGACAACGAGCAAUGAUGCUGAGCGCGUGCUUGGGAUGUUAUGGGAUCCGUUGACGGACGAACUAUCGUUCAGUACUCGAAUGAGCGAUGAAGUUCAUUAUCUCCUGGAAAACGACAAGGUUCCAACGAAGAGGCAAGUGCUACGCUGCGUCAUGACCCUGUUUGACCCGUUGGGCUUAUUAGCAACGUUUCUAAUUCACGGGAAGAUCUUAAUACAAGACCUGUGGCGUGCUGGACUCGAAUGGGAUGCAGAAGUCAGCGACAGUCAGUAUGCAGAUUGGAGAAGAUGGACCAAAAUGCUAUCAUAUAUCGCAAAUGUCCGUAUUCCUCGCUGCUAUUUCUCGGAAGCAUCAACGCGUACGUAUGAGGAUACUGAACUCCACGUCUUCGUAGAUGCUAGCUUGUUUGCCUAUUCCUGUGCACUGUACCUGCGUACAAUCGACGAAAGUAGCUCGCCCCAAUGUGUGCUGAUUGCCGCGAAGGCCAAGGUGGCGCCGCUGAAGCCAAUGACCAUUCCUAAGUUGGAAUUACAAGGAUGCGUACUGGGAGUACGAAUGAUGAAGUUCGUACAAGCAAAUCACUCUAUUACCGUCAGGAGGCGAGUUAUAUGGACAGACAGUUCGGUUGUGCUUUCGUGGAUUCGUGCGGAUCCGAGAAACUAUCGACCGUUCGUGGCGAACCGAGUCGGUGAAAUCCUCGAAAACACGGUAGUCGACGAAUGGAGGUGGGUGCCAUCGGAGUUAAACCCAGCAGAUGAAGCAACAAAGUGGGGCAGCGGACCCUACUUCAGCAACGACAGCAAAUGGUUUAAUGGUCCAAAGUUCUUGAGUCUUCCGGAACGUGAGUGGCCGAGUCCUGCGGAUAUUGUCGUAGACACAGUUGAAGAAGGCCGGCCGUCAGUUCUCUUCCAUGCCAAUUGGAUUCCAGUGAUCGAUUACUACCGGUUCUCUAAAUGGGAAAGGCUGCAACGUAGUAUGGCAUUUGUGCUGCGAUUUAUUUCUAACACGAGAAAGAAAGGAGAAAAAAGCUCUGGGCAACUGACACAACAAGAGCUGUAUGCCGCCGACAUCGUGGUCCUCAAGCAAGUACAGAUGGAAGCCUUCGUGGAUGAGGUGGCGACACUAAGGAAUAAUAAAACAUUACCGGAAGACCAGCAGGAAUCAGUCGAGAGAACAAGCACCAUUUAUCAACUGAUGCCGAUGAUGGAUGAACAGGGAUUGGUGCGGCAGAACAGUCGACUUGCAGCAGCGAAACAUCUACCCCACAGCGUCCGUUUUCCAGUCAUCUUGCCCAGAAAGCAUCGAUAUAUCGAGCUACUUGCUGCGCGUUAUCAUCGCCUUUAUCGUCAUGCGAACUUCGAAACUGUGGUGAACGAAAUUCGUCAACUGUUCGUUGUACCAAGACUUCGAUCCGUAGUGAAAGCUGUUGAACGAAAUUGUCAACUUUGUAAAGUUCGGAAAGCACUUCCGACAGUUCCCCCGAUGGCACCGUUGCCAUUCGCACGAUUAGCUGUACAUGAUCGUGCAUUCAGUUACGUCGGAGUGGACUACUUCGGGCCGCUGCUAGUUAAACAGGGCCGCUCGAACGUAAAAAGGUGGAUAGCGCUAUUCACCUGUCUAACAGUACGCGCCGUCCACCUUGAAGUCGCAUACAGCUUGUCCACAUCGUCGUGUAUCUCCUGCAUUCGGCGUUUCGUCUGCCGUCGUGGAGCUCCCAGAGAGUUUUUCAGCGACAAUGCUACAAACUUCCACGGAGCCGAACGGCUGCUCCGGAAACAGAUCAACGAGGGGAUAUCAGCAACAUUCACUAACGCUAAUACAAAGUGGACCUUCAUUCCACCUAGUGCUCCAAACAUGGGCGGUGCCUGGGAGCGGCUGGUCCGCUCAGUAAAGACUGCGAUUGGGGAUGCAUAUGCCGAGGGAAAGCUCAAUGACGAGGAUUUGCAAACUUUGAUCGUAGAGGCAGAGGGCAUGGUAAAUACUAGACCACUUACGUACCUACCACUUGAUUCUGCGGAAUCUGCAUCACUUACUCCUAACCAUUUUUUGAUGGGGAGCUCCAAUGGAGUCAAGCAACCAACCGUGGACACUGAGCCUCAGCAAGGAGCAUCUCUGGAAUCUUGGCAUCAUAUCCAUCGCCAACUCAACCGGUUCUGGCAACGCUGGCUGAAGGAGUUCCUUCCGGUAAUCCGAAAACAAUCUAAAUGGUUUGGUGAGUCUCGACCAGUAAAAGAUGGAGACCUGGUAUUGAUAGUGGACGAAGGUAAACGAAAUGGAUGGAUGCGAGGGACGGUGAUCGAGGUGAUAAAAGCGUCGGAUGGCCAUGUGCGACAGGCUAUAGUCCAGACCGCUGGAGGAGUCUUUCAUCGACCGGUAUCUAAACUCGCAGUACUCGAUGUUAACGGUAACAGUGAGGUCAUCGGAGCCCGAGGACCACACCCGGGGGAGGAUGUUGCUACAGGAACAUCGAGUGAACCGGCAACACGGUUGUAA